GAGUCGGACACAGUUCUAAUCGGAUUAUCGGAAAUCAUUUUCAGCAUUUAAAAAUAAAAUGAACGCUAACUGAAAAGCGAACAAUUAAAUUCAAUUUUUAAGGAUAACAAAUUAAUUAUUAUUAUUAUUAUUGUCAAAAUAAUGUUAUUUAAACAAUGUUUUCUAUAUAAAUAAUCGCACGCAGCAACGUGGCGUAUACUUGUUUUUGAGUGACUUUGAACUUAAAAGUUUGAAGUGUGAUCUUGAUUAAGCAAAAUUAGCAAAUGUGUUUAAAAACUAGUUUACACAUGAUUCCGUUUCGUAUGGCAACUGAAUUGCCACUGAACUUGAACUUAGAAUCAGCCAAUUAAAGCUGAUCUCGAUUGUGCUAACAUUACCUGAAUAAAAUUGAGCUACUAAUAUGUUAGGAAAAUACAUUGUCCUCAUCUGGAUUUUGUUGCAUUCAAAUUUCGUUUUCUCGGAUAUAUUAAAAUAUAAUUCGAGCAUCCUUGAAGAUGCACAUCUCACAACGCCUGGUCUCAUCAAAAAGCAUGGCUACAAGGUGGAAACCCAUAAGAUUGAGACCAAGGAUGGCUAUCUGCUCGGCAUACACCGCAUUCCCAAGCCAGGAGCGCAGCCCGUUCUCAUGGUGCAUGGCCUGGGUGACAGUUCUGCCACCUGGGUGCUGAGUGGACCCCGCUCUGCUCUUGGCUAUCUGCUGAGUGAUCGUGGCUACGAUAUUUGGCUGAUGAAUAUACGUGGCAAUCGAUAUUCGCGAAAACAUCGCAAAUAUAUUCCGCUGAAUCGAGAAUUUUGGGACUUUUCAUUUCACGAGAACGGCUUCUAUGACAUUCCAGCUGUGAUCGAUUACAUUCUGCAACGCAGUGAGGAACACACACAGGUGCAUUAUAUCGGCCACUCUCAGGGCACAACGGCUGCCUUCGUAAUGGGGGCCGAGAGACCCGAAUACAUGAAGAAGAUUAAGUUGUUGCAGGCACUCGCUCCUGUGGCUUAUUUCCGAAAUCUUCGCACACCUAUCACGGAUUUUCUCAAGAUUCAUGCACCAACAAUUAUCAACCUUGUGCGUCUUUUUGGCAUCUUUGAAUUUCCACCGGAGCGCGAAGUUUGGAGUCGUUUGAUCUAUCAACUUUGCAGUUUUGCAUUUCGCAACACCUGCAAAUAUGCUUUAAUGCUGGUGAUGGGCAUGGAUAGUUCUCAGUAUAAUGAGACACUCACUCCAAUAAUUACCAGCCAUUAUUUGGCUGGUUCAUCGGUGAAGGCUCUCGAACACUUCUACCAGCUUUUGCUGACCGGAGGCUUUUAUAAGUUUAAUUAUUUGAAUCCAACGGUCAAUAUUAGAAAAUAUGGCACAAAAUAUCCUCCCGAAUAUAAGGUAGAAAAUAUCGAUUGUAAAGUUGCCUUGUAUUAUGGUAAAAAUGAUCUAUUAACAUCCUACAAGGAUGUGCAAAACUUACGCAAGAAACUGCCAAAUGUUGUACACGAUGAAUUGUUGGCCUAUCCACAAUUUAAUCAUAUAGACUUUUUGAUUGCCAUCGACGUACAAAAAUUGCUCUACGACAGCGUGUUAGGGGUAAUGGAAAAGGUCGACAGGGGCGAACUUUAGUUAAUCUGAAAAAAUUAAGAAUUUAAUGUAUGUAUAUAUAUAUAUAUAUAUAUAUAUAAAGGAAACCAAUUAAGUUGUUUAAAAUAUAGUUUAAUGGUAGUUAUUUUAGUUUUAAUUUCCGGGCCAUGA